AUGCCUGACGUUGAAGAACCGGUCAUGAGAUCGUCUGACGAAGAUUCUUCUGAACAAGAAACUCCUCAACCCCGUCCGGUACGAGAUGGCGGAAGCUAUUUCCUUCCGAGUACCGAAAUUGCAUAUCGUGGCAAUUAUAUUAUUAAUUUGCCUGACGAUCCUUAUGGUUCGUGCAAUCGUGAACAAGCAUAUCGUAUCCACCAUCAUUAUUCGGUUGAAUAUCAAAAGCUCUGCAAAAAGUUUGAUGAAGAAGACAGAGUUGGUGGCGAAGAACCCCCAGAAGUGCCUGAAGAAGGAUUGGAAGAGGAAGACAUUGAACGCCCAACGGGUACAAUGGUUGAAAAAUGGAAGAAUCGUGGUUGGGAGUGUCAAUUGAAAGUUUUGCAGUCUUAUGAUAACGAAGAGGAUCCCACCAAAAGAUUGACAGCAAAGCAAUGGGAUAAUCUCUUGGAAUGGGUAUAUCAAGCUUUGUUGCCAGAGAAUAUUUUGGCACUCCAGGAAGUAUUCUUCAAUGCUCGUGGCGGAAAACCAAAUCAGCCAAACUGGUUGCAGCGACCAACUACCGAAAGUCAAAUUGAUUCUUCUCAAUUGAUCUGUCUUCAACGCAUUUUUGAGCUCAAUAACCUGGGAACUAGAGGACGGUUAGAUCAAAUCAUGCACCGGAUUUGCUGUCUUGAUAUCUUCAUCGCACAACGUGAGCAAGUCAAGGUGGUAACAGAAAAUUCCCCACCCACUAAACGUAUCCGCGUCGAUAAGUCAGAUCGAACUCGAAAUACUCGUAUUCAAAAAAAGGUCAAUGAUGAGCUACUUCGACUUUACCAAGAGCAAACACGUACGACAAUGACCACGAUGACAACUCUCAGGAACUGGUUGAAAGAUGGCAAGAAAUGGAACUGUUUUUUUGAUGAUGACUACCUACGCUCUUGUCUACUUGCUAUGAUUUGUCUCCUCCCAACGGAUGGAAAAUUGACAUUUUCACAAAA